CCGGAAAUAGCCCUUCUGUCGUCAACGUCAAGGCGUCAACUUCAUUAGCAUCCUCGCGCUCACGCACUCACUCACACGGCGUCGGAGGAACCCGUUUCAAAUCUCAUUUGCCAUCACUUGAACAAGAGUAGAUCUCCAGACUCCAGUCAAAGACUCGAAGCGACAAUGGCUGCUCUUUCAGCCUGGUUCUGGAACGAGAGGUUCUGGCUGCCGCACAACGUCACCUGGGCGGACCUCGCCGACCGGGCUCCCGGGGUGGAGUAUCCCAAAGCCGGGCACUUGUUGGCUGUUCUCCCGCUGGCUGCGGCGAUGUUCGCCGUCAGGAUGCUCUUCGAGAGAUUUGUUGCCAGUCCGUGUGCGAGAAGCUUCCACAUUCACCCCAAUGUGGUACAAAGAGCUCAGCCCAAUGCAGUGCUGGAGAAAGUCUUUGUGUCCCUUACAAAGAAUCCCGACGCGCGCCGUCUGGACGGCUUGUCCAAGCAACUGGACUGGGAAGUGCGCAAGGUGCAGCGCUGGUUCCGCCAACGCAGGAACCAAGACAAACCCAGCACGCACGUCAAGUUCUGCGAGAGCAUGUGGAGGUUAACGUUUUAUGCAUGCAUAUUUACCUAUGGCUUCCAGUUUCUCUGGCAGACCCCUUGGAUGUGGGAUACACGCCACUGCUGGUAUGGUUACCCCCAUCAGGUGUUGACUCCUCCUCUUUACAACUACUACAUGACGGAGCUGGCCUUCUACUGGUCGCUCAUGUUCUCCCAGUUCAUUGACAUAAGAAGGAAGGACUUCCUGGCCAUGCUUGUUCAUCACCUGGCGACAGUGCUCCUCAUCAGCUUCUCCUAUGCCAACAACAUGGUGCGGGUGGGAACUCUGGUGAUGUGUUUGCACGACGCUUCCGACAUCCUGCUGGAGGCAGCCAAACUGGCCAACUACGCCAAGUAUCGGCGUCUGUGCGAUCUCCUCUUUGUCAUAUUUGCUUUGACCUUCUUGGUCACCCGGCUCAUCAUCUUUCCACUGAGGAUCCUGAAUUCGUCCAUGUUUGAGAGCUGGCUCAUCGUGGGUCCCUUCCCGUCGUGGUGGCUCUUCAACGUGCUGUUGCUGGUGCUGCAGGCUCUGCAUCUCAUCUGGUUUUACCUCAUUGCAGGCAUCGCCGUCCAAGGCAUCCUAAAGGGCAAGCUGGGCAACGACGUGCGUAGCGACGUGGAAAGCAGCUCCGAGGACGAGUCGGCGGCGGCGGGGGACCGAAGCAGGGCCAAGAUGAGCAUGCACGUGCCAAAGGUUGCAAACGGCACCAACGGACACUGCGCUGGCACCAGAAGCAGACCACACGCCGCCACGCUCACGUGAACUCUUUAAUCUUGCUUUACUUUGUUUUACGGCCAGAUGAACUCCGUCAACGGCUCACACCGGAUCUUAUUGUUGAUUUGUCCUAUGAGUGAGGCAAAGCACUCUAUGCAUUCCUUCCAAUGACUUGAAUGUACUUCACUGUGCAACUUUCUUGUUGACUUCCUGUGAGAAUAUUUGUCACACUGUGCUUCCCAAAGUGUAUUAGUACACUGCCAAAGCAAAAUGUCACAAAAGGCAGACAUGUUGAUAAUGGCAGACUUCAGAGAUGGCAAAUCCAGGUUCCGAGAAGUAAAUACCGUGCCACACUUGUUUCCGACGCAGAGCAAAAAAGACAAACCGCGGCAGGCUAUUUUCUUCAUGGAGCCGGAUACGCCAUAUCUGCUGCGUAUAUUCUGCUACAAAUGAGUCAUUUUGUGCAAACAUACUGUCUGCAGAAACCAAGAUCUCAUCCCAGUCUACUCACCAACUGUAUGACACUAUUCUGUUGUACGAAUGAAACCAGGUGCAUCUCACCUUCUGCCACCUAGUGGAAGUACAUUUAAUUCUUUCGUCUCUGGCAUAGCCACAUGAAUGAAAGUACAUUAUUUAUAGUAAAUAAACACAUUUCAAUGA